ACGGCGGGCGGCGUUCUUGGGUACUUGAACAAGCUGUCUCUAUUCAUUACCCUGAAUUUCUCUCCUAAACUGGGUGCUUGGAAGCUGUUGGCCGUGACUAAAGUAGCUUCUUGGAACCUGGCCAUUGCAUAGCUACAGCAAAUGGUGAUGAGCCUCCGAGUUUCUGAGCUGCAAGUGCUUUUGGGAUACGCAGGAAGGAACAAGCACGGCCGAAAACACGAACUCCUUACCAAAGCGUUGCAUUUGCUCAAGGCUGGCUGCAGUCCUGCUGUCCAAAUGAAAAUCAAAGAACUUUACAGGCGGCGGUUCCCACAGAAAAUAAUGACACCUGCAGACUUGUCCAUCCCUAGUGUCCAUUCAAGUUCCCUGUCGGCCACUUUGUCACCAUCUACCAUUCCACAGCUUUCUUAUGAUGGCCACCCUGCAACAUCACCAUUGCUCCCUGUUUCUCUCCUGGGACCUAAACAUGAACUGGAACUACCCCACCUUACAUCAGCACUCCAUCCUGUUCAUCCAGACAUAAAGCUUCAGAAGUUACCCUUUUAUGACUUGUUGGAUGAACUGAUAAAACCAACCAGUCUAGCAUCAGAUAAUAGCCAGCGGUUUCGCGAAACCUGUUUUGCAUUUGCCUUGACUCCACAGCAAGUGCAGCAGAUCAGCAGUUCCAUGGACAUUUCUGGAACAAAAUGUGACUUCACUGUGCAGGUCCAGCUAAGGUUUUGCUUAUCUGAAACCAGUUGUCCGCAAGAAGAUCACUUCCCACCAAAUCUUUGUGUAAAAGUUAACGGAAAACCAUGUAGCCUUCCUGGCUAUCUCCCACCAACUAAAAAUGGGGUUGAACCAAAGCGACCCAGCAGACCAAUCAAUAUCACCUCACUUGUACGCCUCUCCACAACAGUACCAAACACAAUUGUUGUCUCAUGGACUGCAGAAAUAGGAAGAACUUAUUCUAUGGCAGUCUACCUUGUCAAACAGCUGUCUUCUACCGUGUUGUUGCAGAGGUUACGAGCAAAAGGCAUAAGGAAUCCUGACCAUUCUAGAGCACUAAUCAAAGAGAAACUAACUGCGGAUCCUGACAGUGAAAUAGCAACAACCAGUUUAAGAGUUUCUCUUUUAUGUCCACUUGGUAAAAUGCGGCUGGCGAUACCCUGUCGGUCCUUGACCUGUUCACACCUGCAGUGUUUUGAUGCCACUUUGUAUAUUCAAAUGAAUGAGAAGAAACCCACCUGGGUUUGCCCUGUCUGUGACAAGAAAGCACCCUACGAACACUUAAUAAUCGAUGGGUUGUUUAUGGAAAUCUUGAAGUAUUGCACAGAUUGUGAUGAAAUUCAGUUUAAGGAAGAUGGGUCCUGGGCUCCUAUGAGAUCAAAAAAAGAGGCACAAGAGGUGACUGCAUCUUUUAAUGGAGUAGAAGGCUGUUUAAGUUCUUCUGUGGAUCAUCAGGUAUCUUCUCAUCAGUCAAACAAAAAUAAGAAAGUUGAGGUGAUUGACUUAACCAUUGACAGUUCAUCAGAUGAAGAGGAGGAGGAGCCGUCUGUCAAGAGGACCUGUCAGUCCCUGUCUCCUGCAUCACCCAUUAACAAUAAGAGCCUUUUAAAUCUGCCGCACCAAGUCUCUCCUGUUUCAAGAACCCCAAGCCUUCCAGCUGUGGACACAAACUACAUCAACACGUCACUUAUACAAGAGUACAGACACCCGUUUCACAUGACACCCAUGCCUUAUGACCUGCAAGGUUUGGACUUCUUUUCUUUCUUACCAGGAGACAAUCAGCAUUAUAGCACUUCCCUUCUGGCCGCUGCGGCCGCUGCAGUGUCUGCUUCAGAUGACCAGGAACUCUUGCACUCCCGUUUCUUCCCCUACACUUCAUCCCAGAUGUUCCUGGACCAGCUAAACGCGGGAGGGAGCACCCCCCUCCCGGUCACAAAUGGCAGCAACAGCGGCAGCAACAGCAGCCUUGUGUCCUCCAACAGCCUGCGAGAGACUCACAGCCACCCCGUUGCUAACAGAAGUACAGACCCAGCGUCUCUCUUUGGCGGGAUCCCGGACAUUAUUUCCUUGGACUGAAUUCUGUUGAGAUGUCGCUGGACUUGCUGGAGGAGAGAUUUGGUUUUUGUUCUAUCUUAUUUUGUUUAGAAUUGCAGGCGAGCUUUUCCUUUUUGUAGGGAAAAAUAUUAAGACAUGUACAGAGAACAAAACUAUAUUUUCAGUUGUACUUUUGUAUAUAAAUAGAAGAUGGUUUGACUGGUAAAAUGGGGUGGGGGGAAUAAAAAACUCCCAACCUAGUUUUUUGGAAAUGGAAGAUUUUACACCUCCCUUUUUGUCUUUAGUGUCUGUUUUUUUUUUUAAAAGCUUUGACUCUUAACUGCAUAACUUCGUUUGCUCACAGUGAUACUAAUGGAAAAGAGACUAAAUGUUUGAAGUUUGGGAAGUCAUGGGAGGACUUCUGGUUCAGGAGAAGACAGCACCCGAAAUAAUGGAAGGGAACUGUUUCUCCCUUAGGCACAAGUCCCCACUGGGAAUAUUUUCCUGCACAAGCCUCAUGGAAAAGAAUGUGUCUUGUGCCCGUGGGUUGGGCCUUCACCCUUUCCUGCUCUUCCUUGUUUAAGCUGAAAACCUAUUAAUUGAUUUGCAUAAAUUCAACUGCACUCUCAGCUGGACGUGGCUUUUUGGAAUGUUAUUUCUGGUUCUACAAGUCCUUUCAGAACCUUACAAGUUUCUUCAUUGGACCCAAUGCCCUUUUAUUCGCUUGUAUCAGAUGAAAUUGCACAGUCCUCUUGCAUGUCAAUGGCUUGCCAUGGGAAGGUCUCUCUAACUCUUUUGCAUGAGACACAAUGGGUUCUUAGAAUCUAGCUGCCAGUAAAGACCCUUCUCUUAUUGAGGUGGUUCAACACUGGCCCAAUACUUAAACCAUGUUUUUAAGUACUAUUUGUUUUCUAGGAUAUUUGAAAAUUGCUUACUUAGUCAAAUUGCUACUUCUUACUGUGCUAAUCAGUACAAGCCGAUCAAAACUUAGGAAAUGUGAUUUGAAAUCAGUAUAUUUUGCAGCUGACAAUGAAAAAAAGCGUAUCGUGUUCUUUUCUGCACGUGUAUUUGAACCGUAUGAUCUAAUCCUGUGCACUUCUGCUUGGGAGUAAGCUUCACUGAAUUCAAUGGGACCGAUUUUUGAGUAAACAUGCCAUAGGACUAAGCUACGUAUGUUGGCCAGCUCUAGGCAGCUCUUUUAAAUGAUGGUUUUUAGAAGUCCUUCCUUUCCUUGCUUCAGCUGUAGGGGAAAUACUUUAGAUGAGCCAAUAUUCCCCUCCAUACCACACUAUUACUGGCUUCAAAGGUUAUUGAAUAACUUUGCCUGCAGCCUGCACCCCCACCCCCAAACCAAGCUUCUGAAGUUGUAUUUGAUCCCCGUUUGUAAUUUGCGGGUUUUUCCCUGCCUUGAAAUAUGCACACCUAGUUAGAAAGGCCCUUCUGUAAAACUGGCUGGUUAUUUAAACUGUUCCUUUCAUACCAAAUAAUAAAGCAUCUUAAAUAGAAAGGAGAAUCGGUUAAAAAUUAAUAGGGGCAGAAAUGGGAGAGCCAGACAGAGAAUUCGAUGUAUCCAAAAACCCUCAUUGGGCUGCGUAUUUGCUCUCUGGUGUGAAAAUGUUUUAUAGCUAAUUCUUCAAAUCUAGAUUUGCAAAAGGAUCAGAAUGGAUUGGACAGAGGGAGACCAAACCAAACAGGCUUUUGUUUGAACCAUGUCUGCAGAAGUUAGUACCUUUUUCCAAAGCUUUGUUUUCGAAUGUGUCAUUCAGUGAAAGUUCACACUGAUAACAAACCACCACCAUUUAAUCAUAAAUUAUAUAUUUUUUCAACCAAUUGAGAGACCACAUAAAUGUUCUAGUGGAUUUUUAUAAAUUUGUCCCCCUUUGCCACUUAAAGGCUGACUUGAAUUUUGAAAAUGUUUGUUCAUAUGUAUAUGUGUGUGUAUAUAUAUAUAUAUAUAAAAAUAUAUAUGUAUUUAUAGGUGUGCGUGUGUGCGUGCGUGUCUGUUCCAUGCAUGUGUAUUCCAUUAAUGCCUGGCUGAUAGUUUAUAAAUUAUUGUCAGUAAAAUUUAAAUAAAAGGACAGAAAACAGGAAUCCUUUCAAAGUUCAAUCUAGCUUGGAGGCAUCAAAGCUGAUUACUGUUAUUAUUUUUAAAAAGGAGAAUGAAACUGAUCCAAAAGAUUUAUAUAAUUAAAUGUGGCCUCACUGGAUUCUAAAUGCAAGGACUGUUCCAAACACUGAAAAGCAAAUUGAGUCUAACCUUUCAGAAGUCGGUAAUACGGCUGUUGGAGUGAAAAUUAGUAGUAUUCUGAUGAAAACUGGUGGCCUUGCAAACCUGCUGUUUUUUGCUCAGUUUAAGCUAAACGCUUUUAUUAGAAAUUUAUACUCCUGUCUGGGUAAUUUCUUGACACACUAAAUAUACUAAAAUGCAGGUCUUGUAGUUUCUGUACUGGCAGAAUGUGGCAAACGGAGUAUAUAAAGACAAUGGACUGAAAUUGAGUAUUUAAGACCCAUUUCUGGGGAGUGGAUGGAAACGUGUGUCCCUGUGCAUUGGGCUGCAGCAGUUGAGUGAGAUGCUUUCCCUUAAGCUGCUCUUGCAACUGGGGGGAAAUAGUUCAAAUAGAUUGUGUUCUGCAUAUUUAUCAAGAUUAUUCCACACCCGAUUAAGAAAUCUUUCCAACAAUUUACCAGGAAGAUCUACACUGGUUUGAAUGCUGUUUGGCAGAAAAUUGCUGGAAAUAAUUAUCUGACUUGGAAUAAACGAGGACUUCACAAAAGCGCAAUUAGGUUCAGUUGGGGCGGGGGCGAUAUUCUGCCUAUCCUCUUUCUUAGUCUGUGGAUGCUUGAGAAAUAUCUUUAUCUACCCCUCUGUCUGAAGAACUGUGUGUGUGUGUGUGUCUGGCUCAGUUUUAAAAUAAUCCAUUGCAUAAUGGAAUUAAAGUUAGCCCCCAGCUGUUUCUCCAGUUUUCUUUGACACUUCUCACCAAUUCUGGAUGGGAUUGGCUGCAUCAAAAAUGAAAGUUUAAUUUUGAGGUUUCUGAAAGUGUAAGAUAGCUAUUGUUCAUGUGCCUUUUCUUUCUCCCAUUAAGUCCUUCAUAAUAAACCAGAACAAGGAACCUUCUUCAUUCAAGGUAAAUAGAACUUCCCUGUCCUCCCUUACCUUGUGCUUUUGGAGAGCUGAGGUAUGUAACUCCAGGGGCUUCUUGUGAAAAGGUAUUUCCUGACCAGGGUAUGUAUGCCACCCCCACCCCUAUCCCAUCAGUAGUUAAAUUUACUUGGCAACUUUGGCUUCACCCAGACAUCACAGUUUCUUUAAAAGCAAACUAGUGUUUGAGAAUUGCAGAGUUUCUUAUAACAUGGAGUUAUCCUGUUUUGGCUACUUGGACACCUUGUUAAAUUUGGCUAAGUAAGACAUUAUGUAUAUCAUAAUUUGUUGGCUCAUGUUUUUGCUCUUGAUUUUUUUCAACAGAGAAGGACGGAUGGGUGUGUGUGUGUGUGUGUACAUGUACUGCUUGCAUGUGUGUGUCUUUUGUACAGCUAGUGUGUGUCAGUGUAUACACACAGAUGAAAGAUACCUAUACAAUAGCAAGGGUUUUAAAUCACUUCUGUGGGCAUUAUUAGAUGCAUAGUUUGUGUUUUUUAAAAAAUUAAAUGCGAAACCAAAAUUAAACCUUAGUAAAACUUAAUUGAUUGCUGGUUACAAAGUGUUGCAGUAUUUUCACAACAGCAUUCCCAAAUUUCUUAUUCAUCCUGUCAAAAUAUAGAGACUGUAACUCUGUGUUACAGAGGGUAACACAGGGUGAUAUUGCUGAUAAAUCUUCCAUUGAACUAGCUAGCCAUUAUCUCUUAAUGUGGUUAACCUCUUUCACUACAUUAAGCAUUUCAGGGUUUUUCAUAAUACAUUUUUAAAAGAUUAUUUCUUAUCGUUUUUAUUUUCCUUCCAAUGGGAGCUUAGAUUUCUAUUGAGAGAGAACUGCCAGAGGCCCCGGCAUGUGCUGCUGUUAAUUGCUCUAAUUAACAAAAGGGAAAACAUGUAUAUAAACAUAGAGCUUAAAAAAAAACCCUAUUAAUUCCAUAAACUCAAACCUGUGAUUCAUUGCCUUAAAACUUUCUCUUAGUUUUCCAUACAGCAUGCCAAACAAGUUUUUAAAAGUGGCUUUUAAAAAAAAUGUAUAGUAGACCAAUGUCAGUUUGUAUAAAAGUAACAAGUGAAAAUAUUUAUUACAUGCAUUGGGAAAAAUGGUUUACCCUAUUGAAUGUUACCUGUUUAUGUAAAGCAUCUUUAGAUGUAAUAAAAAGCAUUAUUAUGUUGUCUCUUCUGGAUUAAGU